AUGUUUAAUCGACUUCGUAUUGUUCUAAGUCCUUUAUUUGUUUUAAAAGAAAAUUCUCGAAGAAUGUCAAGUAAAAUAGUUCGUAUUGGUGUAUGUCAAUUAAAUUGUCGUGAUAAUAAAGAAGAAAAUUUUAAAAUUGGAGAACAAUUAAUAAAUAAAGCAAAAAAAGAAGAAGCUAAAAUUGUAUUUUUUCCUGAAGCAUUUGAUUAUAUAUGUGAUUCAAAAUCAUUAACACUUGAAAAAGCUGAAUCAAUCGAUGGUCCCAUUAUAAAUGGUUAUCGAAAAUUAGCAAAACAAAAUCAAUUAUGGUUAUCAUUAGGUGGUUUUCACCAACGAUCAGGAGAUGGAACACGUGUCUUAAAUAGUCAUUUAAUAAUUAAUGAUCAAGGUGAUAUUGUUGGCAAUUAUUCUAAAAUACAUUUAUUUGAUGUACAAGCUGGAUCAUUAAUACUUCGUGAAUCAGAUUUCACUCAACCAGGUUCAUCAAUUGCCAAUCCAAUUGAAACACCAGCUGGAAGAAUUGGUCUUGGAAUUUGUUAUGAUCUUCGUUUUGUUGAAUUUGCUCGAUUAUUAACAGCAUCUUCAGAAAAUGGUGCACAAAUUCUUACUUAUCCAAGUGCAUUUACUAAACAUACCGGAGAAGCUCAUUGGGAGAUAUUACUUCGUGCUCGAGCAAUUGAAAAUCAAUGUUUUGUUGUAGCUGCUGCUCAAGUUGGUUCACAUAAUGCUAAACGUGAAUCUUAUGGACAUUCUUUAGUUAUUGAUCCAUGGGGAAGUGUUUUAUUAGAUAUGGGUUUAGAAUCUCCAUCAAUGCGUACAGUUGAUAUUGAUCUUGAACGUAUUGAACAAGUACGUGAAAAAAUGCCAAUAAUUGAACAUCGACGACGUGAUUUAUAUUCAUUAAUGUCACCAAUGAAUAUAAUUGUACCAAUUGAUGAUAGCAAAGAAGAAAAAAUAACCUGGGGUCAAGUACAAAUAACAACAAAUCAAAUAUUUUUUCGUUCAACAUUAACUUUAGCUUUGGUUAACAGAAAACCGGUUGUACCUGGACAUGUACUUGUAUCACCAGUUCGUCGUGUUGAACGAUUUUCUCAAUUAAAUCCUGAAGAAAUAAAUGAUUUAUUUCUAAGUACACAAUUAAUUGCAAGAAAAAUAGAAGAAUUUUAUAAAGCAAAAUCAUUAAGUAUUGCAAUACAAGAUGGAGAAUGUGCCGGACAAACAAUUAAGCAUGUUCAUGUUCACAUUCUUCCAAGAAUACCUGGUGAUUUUGAAGAAAACGAUAGUAUCUAUCACGAGUUGGCUCAUCACGAUAAAAAAGAAAAAGGAUGGAGGCAAGAAAAAGAAAUGGCUGAUGAAGCAAAAACUCUCAGGAAGUUGUUCUAUCCGGACGUAUAA